GUGCUAAUAAUUACAAGAUUAGCUUUGUCGAUUGGAAAUCUAUCAGCGGAACUCCCUCUCACGUUAACUACUUUUUUUCUCUGACACCCCAAAAAUCACACGUAAAUGUGGCGGAGAUCGGCCUCUUUCAUCCUGGACAAACAACAAAGCGACACCGUUCCCCCUCAACGCAAUCCCCCCCACACUCUCACUCUCCCAUCCCCACCACCUCUCUCCAUGGCCGAUACUCUCCAAAACCCCAACCCCCAAAACAACAUCUCCGCAUAUUACCAGACACGUGCCGCCCACCACGCCGUGGUCACCAGCGACUGGCUCGCCCAGGCCCAGGCUGCUAUCGGCCAUGACCUAGACGACGCCCCGGAGACUACUGUUGCAACUGUCGCUGGAAAGCCGUUUAGUGUGAUUGAUGAGUUCAAUAGCUGGAGGAAGCAGCCUGAAUUGGCGGAGGCUGUGGCGGCGAUCAGGGCGCUUGCCGCCGUUAUCAGGAAUUGUCAGGCUACUACUAUGAUGGAGCUUGAAAUUGAGCUUAAAAAGGCCUCUGAUUCGCUUAAAUUAUGGGACACUACCUCGAUAUCUUUGACAGCAGGUUGUGAUCUGUUCAUGCGAUAUGUGACUAGAACUUCUGCUUUAGAAUAUGAAGACUUUAAUUCAGCUAAAUCUCGGUUGAUCGAGCGUGCGGAGAAGUUUGGGGAGAUAUCUUACAAGGCACGUAGGAUCAUUGCCAUGCUUAGCCAAGAUUUUAUCUUUGAUGGUUGCACGAUUUUGGUGCAUGGUUUCUCCAGAGUUGUGUUGGAAGUUCUGAAAACAGCGGCUCAAAGUAAAAAACUCUUUAGAGUCUUCUGCACAGAGGGAAGGCCUGAUAGGACAGGCUUACGGUUGUCCAAUGAGCUGGCCAAGCUUGAUGUUCCUGUGAAACUCCUUAUAGACUCUGCUGUGGCAUAUACUAUGGAUGAGGUAGACAUGGUGUUUGUUGGAGCGGAUGGAGUGGUUGAAAGUGGAGGUAUAAUCAACAUGAUGGGAACAUUCCAGAUUGCAUUGGUUGCACACAACAUGAAUAAGCCUGUUUAUGUGGCUGCUGAAAGCUAUAAGUUUGCUCGUCUCUAUCCAUUGGACCAGAAAGACAUGGUUCCUGCUUUACGCCCAAUUGAUUUUGGGGUGCCCAUUCCAUCAAAGGUUGAGGUUGAAACAUCUGCUCGGGACUAUACUCCUCCGCAGUAUCUUACUUUACUCUUCACUGAUCUUGGUGUACUGACUCCAUCUGUUGUCAGUGAUGAACUCAUUCAGCUAUACUUGUAGUCUGUGUUUGAAUGUAAUUUUGUUUGAUUUUUUUUAACGUAGCUACUGAUCACAUUACUAGUUUUUGACAUGUUGCAUGUUGGAUGCCCAUGUAUUCUAUAUAUAUAAUUUUUUGACAAUUUUGAAUUCAAUCAAAUAACAGUCAAGUCAAGUCUGGA